GCCCCGCGGUGUGCACGGCCCGAGCGCCCGCUCCCGCGCCCGCGUCCCCACGGCAUGCCGGGCCCCCGCCUGCUGGCCGCGCUCUGCGGCGCGCUCCUCUGCGCCUCGGGACUCUUCGCCGUCUCCGGUGACUUCUGUGACUCUAGCCAGUGCCUGAAUGGUGGGACCUGCUUAUUGGGCCAGGACAACACCUCCUUCUACUGCCUGUGCCCCGAAGGCUUCACGGGCCUGAUCUGCAAUGAGACAGAGAAAGGUCCUUGUUUUCCAAACCCCUGCUACAAUGAUGCCGAAUGCCAGGUGACUGGCGACUCGCACAGAGGGGACGUCUUCACCCAGUACAUCUGCAAGUGUCCUCAUGGCUAUACAGGUGUCCACUGUGAGACCACCUGCAUCAUGCCGCUGGGCAUGGAGACGGGCGCCAUUUCCGACUCGCAGAUCGCCGCUUCAUCUGUGCACUUGGGCUUCAUGGGUUUACAGCGCUGGGCCCCAGAGCUGGCCCGUCUGCACCGCACGGGCAUCGUCAAUGCUUGGACGGCCAGCAACUAUGAUAAGAACCCCUGGAUCCAGGUGAACCUGAUGCGGAAGAUGCGGGUGAUGGGCGUGGUGACACAGGGUGCCAGCCGCGCAGGCAGCGCCGAGUACCUGAAGACCUUCAAGGUGGCCUACAGCGUCAGUGGACGCAAGUUCCAGUUUAUCCAGAGUGCAGAGGGGACAGGAGACAAGAUAUUUGUGGGUAACAUGGACAACAGUGGCCUGAAGGUCAACCUGUUUGACUUCCCUCUGGAGGUACAGUACGUGAGGCUAGUGCCCAUCAUCUGCCACCGGGGCUGCACCCUCCGCUUUGAGCUCCUUGGCUGUGAGCUGAAUGGAUGUGCUGAGCCCCUGGGCAUGAAGGACAACUCCAUCCCCGACAAGCAGAUCACGGCCUCCAGCAUCUACAGGACCUGGGGCCUGAAUGCCUUCAGCUGGUUUCCCUUCUAUGCGCGGCUGGACAAGCAGGGCAAGUUCAAUGCCUGGACCGCUCAGACCAAUGAUGCCUCUGAGUGGCUGCAGGUUGACCUGGGCUCCCAGAGGCAAGUGACCGGCAUCAUUACCCAGGGGGCCCGAGACUUUGGCCACAUCCAGUACGUGGCAGCCUACAAGGUGGCCUACAGUAACGACAGCAUAAACUGGGCCGAGUACAGGGACCAGGGGGCCAUCGACAGCAAGAUCUUCCCUGGCAACUUGGACAAUAAUUCCCACAAGAAGAACAUGUUUGAGAUGCCCUUCCUGGCUCGCUUUGUGCGCAUCCUGCCCGUCGCCUGGCACAACCGCAUCACCCUGCGCGUGGAGCUGCUGGGCUGUUAGUGGUCAGCCUGGCCGGAGUGACCGCGACCGCAAGGGCCCCUUACCUGGUCCUCCUGGCCUGCUGUUGGCCCGCUGCCUCCUCCACCACCCCACCUCCUGACUGUCGGCGGCUGGCGGUGGGGGUUUCAGCCACCUCGCCUUCCCCCCUGCCCCGCCCCUCCCCUCCCCCGUGGCCCUGGCACCCACCCCUCCUGCCCUCCCAUUCUCUUAGGCACUGUGGGAGUUGAGUAGGUCUGGGACGGACAGGGAAGGGUAAAGUAGGGAGUGGGGGUUACCUGCACCUCCCCGGAUCCCUGGUUCUAGUCUCUUGUGUUUUCCCGACACUCGCUCCCGCACCCCACGUCCCACGUUCCCACGGCCCCCGGAGGAAGCCCUGAGGCGCCAGGCUGGAGGAUAACAGUCUCCUGUCCCUCAGCACGAUGCUGCCGCUCAGAGCUGCCACCUAGUCCCCGACACGUCCCCCUUAUCUUCCUGGAGACCUCUCUUGACCCUUGGCCUAAAAAGAGACAGAAUGGGGUGGGGUGGGCGGGCUUAUGGAGAGAAGGGGUGGAGGUGGGUGGCCUGGGGGGGGCACCCUCUGUGCUGGUUCUUUCCCCCAGAGUACACAGGCAGCUUCCAAAAUAUAUUUAUGUCACCCCCUGGAA